AUGACAGCCGGGACUGUGGUCAUCACUGGGGGCAUCUUGGCAACUGUGAUUCUGCUCUGUAUCAUCGCUGUUCUGUGCUACUGUCGGCUUCAGUAUUACUGCUGCAAGAAGGACGAAUCCGAGGAGGACGAGGAGGAGCCCGACUUCGCCGUGCACUCACACCUGCCGCCCCUGCAUUCCAACCGAAACCUUGUGUUGACCAACGGGCCCGCUCUCUACCCAGCUGCCACCACCUCUUUCAGCCAGAAGUCCCCACAGGCUCGUGCUCUCUGCCGCAGCUGCUCCCAGUACGAGCCGCCCACCUUCUUUUUGCAGGAGCCAGAGGACGACGACUUUGAGGGUGUGCGCAACGGUGGGGGCCGCGUGGCCUACAAAACCAUCAGCCAGGAGGACGUGGAUCUGCCCCCAGCGAGCUUCGGGGGCCUGCAGGCACUCAACCCCAACCGCCUCUCUGCCAUGCGUGAGGCCUUUUCCCGCAGCCGCAGCGUUAGCACCGACGUGUGA